CACAACUGUCAAGUGCUUGUCAAUAACCAGCUGAUUACGAUUAUUCUUCAUCUUUACGAAAAAACGAAAAAUAAAUGUAAAAACUAUAAUAUAUUUUUUUUAAUCUAUCCGCUUUAACAUCCCGCUACAGAUGCUUCGUAAAAUAGUUUUUGGAUCCGGCCUGGUGGCCUUAGUGCCUACCAUCAACGCUGCAACCCCAGUUCAGGAAUCCAAAGAGCCGGUGCGACCUCCACCUAUGAAACCUUCCGAAUUACCGAUAUAUGAAGCCCCUCAUGCCGAUUAUGCCGAGUAUUUGGAGGCACAAGCGAAAGACAAUAAAACUAGCUAUGUGAGAUCUGCGCUCUUAGCACCUGUGAGAGCUGUGAGGGAGCAGGUGCAGACUGCUGUGGCUCAUACCGAAUCUGCUACAAGUACUAUUAAGGACCAGUACUCUGAACUGCAGGAUAGAAGUGAAUGGAUUGUUCAAUAUUUAAGGGAAGAAGAGAACAAACAGAUGAGGUAUGGAGCUGUGGCAAUGGGUGGUCUUACUGGCUUUAUAUUUGGUCUGAGGGGUGGACUAAUUAGGAGAAUAUUCUAUGCCGGCUUAGGAACAACAGGUAUGGGCUAUGUAUGCUUCCCAGAGGAAACUAAGCAGCUCAUGAAAGACAAUGGGACACUCUUAAGGCAGUACAUUAAUAUUGCUUACAACUUCUGCUAUGGAGUAAAACCCGGCGACCCACAACUGGAGGUUAAAUUCCCAGAGUUGUCUUUCCCCAAAGACUUCUCUGAGUUUGUUGACAUGACAGUGUCUGUGGCCACAUCUGUCAAACAAGCUAUCAUGCCUCCACCAUCGAAAGAUGCAGUGGAAAGUAAAUCUUCUGAACAUAAGGAAUAGGUUACUUAUAUGAAGAAGAUAGUAAAAAUUACUGAUGAGCUCUGAAAGGAAAACUAAACAAGAAAUAAAAAUGGAAAAUGUUUUUUAGAAUCAUUAUUUAUUGUAACUGCAGUGUAACUUAUUCUAUAAUAUUAAAAUAAAA